AUGCUUAUGAUUAGUCCCUCGAGCUCAGCUCAGACAGAUAUGCGACCUUUGGAAGGUCUUAUCUCCGCAUACGCCGCAGUAAAAAUGUCUCUGGCUGAAGCGUCAUUGAAGUAUGGAUUCGCGCAUGCUUGCCGCAUGCAUAGGGCCCUUCCCCAUGCUUUCCAUGGCGUGGACUGGUCAACCCCUCCCAUUUCGAUACCCCGACGACUGUCAUCUCUGAGAGCAGGGUUAAAGCGGAAGCCGUUGUCUACUAUCAAUGAGGACAAGGUGCCCUCGUUGAGGAGUGUUAGCACGGGGAGCCUCAUAGUCAACACAGCCCUACCUUGCCAGCCGCCAGCGUGGAGUCACUCUUCGGAACACCUCAUCCACAUCCAACCGAGUGAAGAACUGCAAGCCCUGCAGUCCGUGAGCUCGUACUCUACAAAUGAUGGGUACGGACCGAUGCCGAGGCUAUACAGAACGCAGAGCCAAUGGAUGGCACCGCCGCCAGAAUCCUACAUGCCGAGCGGAAUGCCAGUAUGGCAAGGCCUAACGACGACCAAUCUUGAUAAUGAAGACCCUUCAGAGCUUGGGGGGAAGGCGAUGGCGGUUGGGGAGGACCUGUCACGUGAGGAAAUUGCCAGUCUCUUCCGUAGAAUUGAGGAGUACGAGCGGGAACAUCCGGAGAUAAUCAACGACGCUGGUAAGGUCUGGGUUCGGGUUGACAGAGUCGGUCACGGCUUGACCAAGACUUUCAAGACGAUGGGCUCGCUUCACAAGAAGCGAACUUUCGAAGCACGCCUGGGACACAACGUACCUGUUCAAUCGCAGCUCAAGAUCUAUGAGAAGCCCAAUACGAUGAGGAGGAUAGGCAUUGUAGUACGCCACUGCUGGAGAAGGUUCAGGAAUUGGUCAACAGGGAGGGACACGGGGCUGCAGGCGAAGAAGAAUGUUGUCGACCACCCCCACCCCUUCAUGAAUGUCUCGAUCGUAUCUCUUACCCUGCCCGACCCAUGCACGACAAGACCUCAGCCCGGACCGAGGAAGCUCUCGAGGGCUGGCAAGCUGGUGGAAGGAGCGGAUGGCACGAUGUACGUGAAGCCGGCGAGGAAGGACAGCAAGUUCUCUAUCGGCGAGCAGCCAUGGAGGCGCAAUCCGAAGUUGUUCCUGGAUAUCUAUCCGUCAGAUCGCUCGGCAAAUGGAUCUGUACGUGGUUGA